AUGACAGAUCGGGCAACCAUCAGUGGCCCUAAACCUCCCUCCCGCCCCGCCAUGGCCCCUGUGCUUCCCCCGGACCCCAUCGACAUCAUCAGGACCAAAGCUAAGUCCCGUCGCGUGCAUUUGAAUGUCGGAGGUUUGACCCAUGAGGUGCUGUGGAGGACUCUGGACCGACUCCCGCGCACUCGCCUGGGACGCCUCCGGGACUGUAACAACCACGAGUCAGUACUGGAGAUCUGCGACGACUACAACCUGAUGGAGAAUGAGUAUUUCUUCGACAGACACCCCAUGGCCUUCUCCUCCAUCCUCAACUUCUACCGCACAGGCAAGCUGCACAUGAUGGAGGAGAUGUGCGCGCUCUCCUUCGGACAGGAACUGGACUAUUGGGGCAUAGAUGAGAUCUAUCUGGAGUCCUGCUGCCAGGCUCGGUACCACCAGAAGAAGGAGCAGAUGAACGAGGAGCUGCGGAGGGAGGCGGAGACGCUUCGGGAUCAGGAUGUGCAGGAGGAGGAGAAAGGCUGUUGCCCUGAGCAACGUCAAAAACUCUGGGACCUUUUGGAGAAGCCUAGCUCCUCUGUGCCCGCAAAGAUCCUGGCCAUGAUCUCCAUCCUCUUCAUCAUCAUCUCCACCAUCUCUCUAUCUCUGAACACUCUGCCGGAGCUGCAGGUGGUGGAUGAGUUUGGACAGUUUAAUGAUAACCCCAGCCUGGCCCAUGUGGAGGCCGUGUGCAUCGCCUGGUUCACCAUGGAGUACGUGCUUCGCCUCAUCUCUGCUCCAAACAAGUGGGACUUCAUCAAAGCUCCUCUGAACAUCAUCGACCUGCUGGCCAUCCUUCCCUACUUCGUUACCCUGUGUCUCACCGAAUCAAACAAGAGCGUCCUACAGUUCCAAAAUGUCCGCCGUGUGGUUCAAAUUUUCCGAAUCAUGAGAAUACUGAGGAUUCUGAAGUUAGCCAGACACUCCACUGGGCUUCAGUCGCUCGGUUUUACUUUGAGAAGAAGCUACAAUGAACUGGGGCUUCUCAUUCUCUUUUUGGCAAUGGGCAUCAUGAUAUUUUCAAGUUUAGUUUUCUUCGCCGAGAAAGAUGAAGACGCGACAAAGUUCACCAGUAUCCCUGCGUCGUUUUGGUGGGCUACAAUCACCAUGACGACAGUUGGGUAUGGUGACAUCUACCCGCAGACAUUGCUAGGCAGGAUAGUCGGAGGGUUGUGUUGCAUCGCCGGUGUUUUGGUGAUCGCUUUGCCAAUUCCGAUCAUCGUCAAUAACUUUUCUGAGUUCUACCGUGAGCAGAAACGACAAGAAAAGGCUAUAAAGAGGAGGGAGGCGCUAGAGAGGGCUAAACGUAGCGGUAGCAUCGUCUCCCUCAACGUAAAAGAUGCGUUUGUGCGAAGUAUGGAGCUGACAGAUGUCUUGGUGGAGAAGAAAGACGAAAAUGAGCUCCUAACAGUUGAGAAUCAUCUGUCCCCGAGUCGCUGGAGCUACCACAAGCAUUACUCAAACACAGAAGCCAGUCCCGGUCGCUCCCAGCCUCAGUACCAGGAGGUGGCCCAGAAAGGUUCACCGGAGAGGGGAAAGUGGUCUAACAAAGGGACCCCUGAGAAGAACCAGGAGCCAGAGUCAAUCCUGGACAAACCACUGGAGAUGAAGCCACUUACGUCUGCGGAUAUGAGCAUCGCAAACAGGAGAGGCUCUAGCUCUGAGAGGAGGGGCUCAGCCAGCAGGUAUCGCAUCCCUCCUCCCCUGGACCUGAGCACCAUUAGUACCCUGGAGCAGAGAGGGGGCGCCGAGGGGCUGCAGGCCGGCAUGGACAUCAUCAAAGAGGGUGUGUACGAGAUCGUUAGUACACCGACUGAACAGAGGGGGGCGAAAGAGAGCGCGGGGCCGACGUACGAGAGCGUGUGCAGUGCUCUGAGGGCCAGUCCCGGACGGUCCAGGGGUCUGAGGGUGGAUUACAUCGGAGCCAAAGACGACAUCCUCACUGCCGUCAUGACCCCCAUCUCCUCCGCAGACUCACAUCUCUCCGAGCUAACAGCGCUAUCCGAGCUAGCGGCCACCCGCCUCUCCCCGCUGCCCUCCUCCAAACACGGCUCCUCCUCCCAGAUGUCAGAGGGGGAGGGCGAAGCCGGGUUAAGCCCAGGGAGGAACCACCUAGAGCGGCCCACCACCUCCGGGAGCAGCAGCCCCCUCUCCAAGAGCAACUGUGCCCAGGAGAGGAGAGCCGUGGACGGGGCAGAAGCAGGCAGUGAGGGGAAGGACCGGAGAGGGAACCACGUCCAGGAGGGCUGUCUGUCCCCCCACUGUGAGACGCAGAUGUGAGGGACUCAACAGGGACUAAACAGGGAAUCAAACCCACGACCUGCUGUAUGAUGACAGGCGGUUUUGACCUGACUGAGAUCCAAGCAGGGUCCUGAUCUGGGUCUAGACCUGGUUUUGAGACAGGACUUGGGAGCUCCAGUGUGAGCCAGCCUUUUGUGAAUGUUAUCAUAAAAAAAAUGCACAAAUGAAGAUGAUCUGAUGUUUUGAAUAGGUGGAUUUUCAGAGUUUCAAAUGUUUGGUAUGUGGUGAAAAAGGUACCUUAACCAUAACCUUACCUCAACUUAAGGGGCCUAUAUUACGCUAUGUUCUGAUCUA